AUGUCACUUCCUCUGGCACAUAACAGGAAAUUAUUUUACGAUGUUAAGAAUGAGGGCAGGGAUGCCUUCAUAGAAAAAAAGGAUCAAAAGAUCAAAUGUAUUCCAAUCUGCAAUUGCAAUUGCAACCUGGGAAAAGACUUAAUAAUAUUUACAUCUGGCGAAACGAUUGAUGCAUAUACAAAAGCGACCCAAAUAUCUAAACGUUCAGAAAAUUUUGAUCAUUUUUUGGAAAUUCAACGUCGGGGUUUGGCUAUGCCCUUACUUGAAAUGAAAUUUCGCACUAGAAGUAAAUUUGGUAGCAAAAAACUCUUCACUGUAAACAAGUUCACACCACCACCUACCGAUAAACGAAGAUUGUUUAACAGAAAUAAAGAUAAGUUCAAUUUCUGUACAAUUUUUAAAGAUUCGAAAAAGGAUUAUGACAGGUAUACUUUCAAAUUUGAACCUAAUUCUCAGGAUCUGUCAGAGAAUUUCGAAACAUACCUUUUCAUGCAUCACAAUAUAGCUAUAUCUGAUGUACCAAAGACUGGAAAACUUAAUGAGAGAUUUAGGUGGACUCGAACUUAUAAAAACAGGAAUCUGCCUUAUACAUAUACUUUAUGUAUGUUGGCUGCUGAGCAGCCAUCCAUGGUAGAUAACAUGGAUUCUACGAAUAUAGAAUUGGACCCUCAAAACGUAUUUUUCACAUUACCACCAGACCAACACAUGAAUCUUGGUUCACCUCAUGUAAUUGCAAACCUAAUACAUUUAAGCUACAGUCGUGCGCCAUAUGCUAUUCAAAGGACUGCAAGGCUUGAUAUCAAGAUACCAAAGGAUCGUAGAAAUUUGGAAUCGGAGAGCAUAAAUUCUGUUACAAUGGAUGAGCUAAUUCUCAUAACAAAUUCGGUCAUAUUCAAGUAUUUCGAAGAAACCAAUAGAACUUUCAAACAAGCCCUAGAAAACCUUGCUAAUUGUAAUUUUAUGUCUUUUGGGACGUAUGCUUAA